AUGGAACAAGUGAAACAAGUUAAUGCAUUGCUAAGGAUAUUCUUGAUUGUUUUAAGCGUGUACGAUGUCGGUUCGCUAGGUGGCAUCCGAUCUAAAAGCCUGAUAUCAUAUUCCAUACCAGAGUCGCGACAACUCAAGAAAGCAUUGGGUUACCACGAGGAUACUUAUCUAAACUUCACAGAGCUGGGCAGCAAGCAUGGCUACCGAACUGAACAGCACACGGUCGUAACUAAAGAUGGCUACAUACUCACCGUCUUUAGAAUACUAAGCAAAUGCAGAACUAAUGCAAGAUACCCCGUUUUGCUCAUGCAUGGAUUAUUCGAUACUUCAGACGUGUGGAUCGUAGCAGGAAAACAGGCAGGGAUUGGAUAUAUACUAGCCGAAAACUGCUUCGAUGUGUGGGUUCCUAAUCACAGAGGCAAUAGAUACUCAAGAAGACAUGUUAGGCUCAAUCCAAAUAAAGAUGUGAGUUUUUGGAACUACUCCUUCGACGAACACGGGAACUACGAUCUACCAGCGGCCGUAGAUUAUAUCAUAGCUAUAACCCAGCGCCCGAAAGUAAACUACAUUGGGCAUUCACAAGGCACAACGGAUUUCUUUGUAAUGACAACUUUGAGACCUGAAUAUAACUACAAGAUUCAACUUUCAAUAUUGCUUGCACCGGUGGCGUGGAUGUCCAAUAUCAUGAGCCCAAUACCAAAGCUGCUGUCAUAUAUGACAGAACAAUUGAAGAUCUUUUUAGAUUCAGCGGGAUACAGUGAAUUGUUAGCUCAGCAUCAACUGACACAUUUUAUUGUGGAAUAUAUAUGCCAGAUCUCAGCUGAUGCGGUUUGUAGUUCAACGCUCGCUGCGACCACAGGCUAUAAAUUUGGUACUAUACCAGGAAAAACAUUGGCAGUUGCAUUUGGUCACCUUCUGAGUGGCACUUCGUCUAAAAGUAUAGCCCAUUUCGGCCAGUUGAUACAAUCUAGGAAAUUUCAUCGCUACAACGAAGGUCUACGAGGAAACUUGUUGAGAUAUGGAACUACAGAAGCUCCCGAAUAUAAUGUUUCUCUCAUUACCUCACCAGUAGUAAUAAUUACUGGACGUAAUGAUUGGCUAUCAUCUUUAAAAGACGUGGCCACAUUGUCGUCUAGAUUACCCAAUUUGUUGGAGAAUUUCCUAGUUCCAGAACCCAGUUGGAGUCACCAUAAUCAUGUUUGGGGAAAAGAUGCGCCUGGUUAUGUUUUUCCCAAAAUUGUUGAAUAUUUAAGAUGGUUCAAUUGAUUUAAAGUAAUGAACAGUUAUGUUAUAUCUUAGUUUAGACCAAACACAGUAACACCGUUUGUACCUGUGAUGAGACAAGCUUUGGCGUCAUUCUGCCAACUUUAACCCGAAACUGCUCUUAUUGAAACGCAAUAAGAUCUACUAUCAAAACACGAUAACUUAUUGUUAGUAGAUUCGACACCCUGUUUGUACUAUUUAAUUUAAAACUAUUUUUAUUUAUGUGUUGCUUAAUAGUUUAUUACUAUCAUAGCUGAGCCAGUGGUAAGUGUUAUGU